AUGUAUUUCCUGAGCGGCUGGCCCAAGAGGCUGCUGUGCGCCGCGGGGAGCCCGGCCGAGGCGCCCUCGCACGUCCAGUCCGACCCUCAGAGGGCUUUCUUCGCCGUGCUGGCCCCGGCCCGCCUCAGCAUCUGGUACAGCCGACCUAGUGUGUUAAUUGUCACCUACAAGGAACCUGCUAAGUCAUCUACUCAGUUUGGAUCCUACAAACAAGCCGAAUGGAGGCCAGACAGUACAAUGAUAGCGGUAUCAACAGCAAAUGGCUACAUCUUAUUUUUUCAUAUUACAUCUUCAAGAGGGGACAGAUACCUUUAUGAACCAGUGUAUCCCAAAGGAAGUCCACAAAUGAAGGGGAUACCCCAUUUCAAAGAAGAACAUUGUGCCCCAGCAUUAAAUUUAGAGAUGAAGAAAGUACUGGAUCUGCAAGCACCCAUCAUGAGUUUACAGUCUGUGCUAGAAGAUCUCCUGGUUGCUACUUCUGAUGGACUUCUUCAUCUUAUUCAUUGGGAAGGAAUGACAAAUGGAAGGAAAGCCAUUAAUCUUUGCACAGUCCCCUUUUCAGUAGAUCUACAGUCAUCAAGAGCAGGUUCCUUCCUGGGCUUUACAGAUGUGCACAUCAAAGAUAUGGAAUACUGUGCGACACUUGACGGAUUUGCUGUUGUGUUUAAUGAUGGCAAGGUUGGAUUUAUUACACCAGUGUCAAGUAGAUUUACUGCAGAGCAGCUUCAUGGAGUUUGGCCACAAGAUGUUGUUGAUGGAACAUGUGUAGCAGUAAAUAACAAGUAUCGACUGAUGGCAUUUGGUUGUGCAAGUGGUUCUGUACAGGUUUAUACAAUAGAUAACACUACUGGAGCCAUGCUGUUAUCUCAUAAAUUAGAACUUACACCAAAACAGUAUCCUGACAUUUGGAACAAAACAGGAGCUGUUAAAUUGAUUAGAUGGUCACCUGACAAUAGUGUUGUAAUAGUUACCUGGGAAUAUGGAGGUUUUUCUUUAUGGAGUGUGUUUGGAGCCCAGCUGAUAUGUACACUUGGAGGAGAUUUUGCUUAUAGGUCUGAUGGUACCAAAAAAGAUCCCCUAAAGAUCAACUCUAUGAGCUGGGGUGCAGAAGGAUAUCAUCUAUGGGUAAUCAGUGGAUUUGGUUCUCAGAACACUGAAAUUGAGGCUGACCUCAGGAGUGUAGUUAAACAGCCCAGCAUUUUGCUAUUUCAGUUUAUCAAGAGUGUGCUCACUGUAAACCCUUGUAUGAGUAACCAAGAGCAAGUGUUACUUCAAGGAGAAGAUCGCUUGUACUUGAACUGUGGAGAAACCUCACAAACUCAGAAUCCCAGGAGUUCUGCACACUCAGAAUGUACAACUAGUCGGGAGACUAGCCCAUUUGCAGAUGGAGGUUUAGAGUCUCAGGGGUUAAGCACUUUACUUGGACAUCGGCAUUGGCAUGUUGUGCAAAUUUCCAGCACCUACUUAGAAAGCAAUUGGCCUAUACGGUUUUCAGCUAUUGAUAAGCUUGGACAAAAUAUUGCUGUCGUUGGCAAGUUUGGUUUUGCACAUUACUCCUUACUCACCAAAAAAUGGAAACUUUUUGGAAACAUUACUCAGGAACAAAAUAUGAUUGUGACUGGUGGCUUAGCCUGGUGGAAUGAUUUUAUGGUCCUUGCGUGUUAUAACAUAAGUGAACGUCAAGAAGAGCUGAGAGUAUAUCUACGAACAUUAAAUCUGGACAAUGCCUUUGCUCAUGUCACCAAGGCACAAGCAGAAACAUUGCUGCUUAGUGUCUUCCGGGACAUGGUAAUAGUAUUUAGAGCAGACUGUUCAAUAUGCCUUUACAGUAUUGAAAGAAAAUGUGAUGGAUCAAAUACUACUGCUGAUAUUCAGGUUCUUCAGGAGGUCUCCAUGUCACGCUACAUUCCUCACCCUUUCUUGGUAGUAUCUGUCACUCUCACUUCAGUGAGUACAGAAAAUGGAAUCACCUUGAAAAUGCCACAGCAGGCUCGAGAUGCAGAGAGUAUAAUGCUGAACCUUGCAGGCCAGCUCAUUAUGAUGCAGAGGGACAGAUCAGGCCCUCAGAUCCGGGAGAAGGACAGUAAUCCUAACCAAAGGAAACUUCUGCCAUUCUGUCCUCCUGUUGUACUAGCUCAGUCUGUGGAAAAUGUUUGGACUACAUGUCGAGCAAAUAAACAAAAACGUCACCUUCUGGAGGCCCUCUGGUUGAGCUGUGGUAGUGCUGGGAUGAAAGUUUGGCUACCCCUCUUUCCUAGGGAUCACCGCAAGCCCCAUUCCUUUCUGUCCCAGCGGAUUAUGCUGCCUUUCCAUAUCAACAUUUACCCCCUGGCGGUACUAUUUGAAGAUGCAUUGGUCCUUGGUGCUGUCAAUGACACUGUACUCUAUGACUAUUUGUAUCCUCGGAACAGUGCUAGGGAGCAGCUGGAAGUGUUCUUCCCUUUCUGUGUUGUGGAGAGAACCUCUCAGAUCUACCUCCACCACAUCCUCCGUCAGCUUCUGGUCAGGAACCUUGGAGAGCAAGCCCUGCUCUUGGCUCAGUCCUGUGCUGCGUUACCUUACUUCCCUCAUGUGCUGGAGCUCAUGCUCCACGAAGUGCUGGAAGAAGAAGCUACCUCACGGGAGCCCAUUCCCGACCCGUUGCUUCCCACUGUGGCAAAAUAUAUCACUGAGUUCCCCCUUUUCCUGCAGACAGUUGUUCAUUGUGCCAGGAAGACUGAAUAUGCUCUCUGGAAUUACCUUUUUGCAGCUGUUGGAAACCCCAAGGACUUAUUUGAAGAAUGUUUGAUGGCUCAGGAUUUAGAUACAGCUGCCUCUUACCUUAUUAUCUUACAGAAUAUGGAAGUCCCUGCAGUCAGUAGACAGCAUGCUACCCUUCUGUUCAACACAGCACUUGAACAAGGCAAAUGGGACCUAUGUCGACACAUGAUUCGAUUUCUUAAAGCCAUUGGUUCUGGAGAAUCUGAGACCCCUCCAUCCACACCUACAGCUCAGGAGCCCAGUUCGAGUGGUGGAUUUGAGUUCUUCAGGAAUCGAAGCAUCAGUUUGUCCCAGUCAGCUGAAAAUGUUCCCCCUAGUAAAUUCAGCUUACAGAAAACACUAAGUAUGCCAUCUGGUCCUUCUGGGAAAAGAUGGAGCAAAGACAGUGACUGUGCUGAGAACAUGUAUAUUGACAUGAUGCUCUGGAGACAUGCUCGACGUCUCUUAGAAGAUGUGCGGUUAAAGGAUCUUGGCUGUUUUGCAGCCCAGCUAGGUUUUGAACUAAUCAGUUGGCUGUGCAAGGAACGGACCCGAGCUGCCCGGGUAGACAACUUUGUAAUAGCCCUUAAGAGACUCCACAAAGAUUUCCUGUGGCCACUUCCCAUUAUCCCAGCCUCUUCUAUCUGCUCCCCUUUCAAAAAUGGAAAAUAUCGAACAGUGGGGAACCUUGAGAUAGAAGCUGGUAUCUCUAAUAUUCAACGAAGUCAGAGUUGGCUCAGCAACAUUGGCCCCACCCAUCAUGAAAUCGAGACAGUCUCAUCCCAAGGACCACAUAUGCAAGAUGCUUUCCUGUCACCAUUAUCUAAUAAAGGUGAUGAAUGCAGCAUUGGUUCGGCCACAGACUUGACUGAAAGUAGCUCCAUGGUAGAUGGGGAUUGGACAGUGGUGGAUGAAAACUUUUCCACACUCAGUUUGACUCAGUCUGAGCUAGAGCACAUCUCUAUGGAGUUGGCGAGUAAAGGGCCUCAUAAAUCCCAAGUCCAGCUUCGUUAUUUGCUACACAUUUUCAUGGAGGCAGGAUGUCUGGACUGGUGUGUUGUCAUUGGCCUGAUUCUUAGAGAAUCCUCAGUCAUCAAUCAGAUUUUGGUUAUUGCUCAGUCUUCAGAGGUGGAUGGAGAGAUAUUACAGAACAUAAAGACAGGGCUGCAUGCUGUGGACCGAUGGGCCUCUACAGAUUGCCCUGGAUAUAAGCCAUUUUUAAACAUCAUUAAGCCACAACUUCAGAAGCUCAGUGAGAUAACACAAGAGCAGGUUCAGCCUGACGCCUUCCAGCCAACAGCAGUGGGUAAGGCUCCUGAACAGAGCAGCCCCCGGCCAGAGGAGAGCAGAGGUUCUUCUAGCCAUGGCAGCAUCCUUCUAAAUGAGACUGGGGGAAGCAACAUGGUCAGCCGGAAAGAUGAGGACACAACUGAAGUAGAAGAGGAGGAACCACUUCAGGAUGGGGCUUACGACUGCUCUGUGUCCUAACAAGAGCCAGAACAUCACAACAGGCAGUAUUAGCAGCAGCAUGCAACUGAGUACACUGUGACCUGGUUGAAUGGUAUAACAGGGAAAGAACUCGAGUCACAAACACUUUGGUAAAGUAUUACAAGUUUUUAAUGAACUUUUUUUCUUAAAAAAAUUGUUUUACUCCAUAAAAAUGUGGUAUCAAGUAAAGCAUCUUUCAUAAGAAACUUUGCAGUAGAAGGUAACAGUAUUGUACCAGUGUACGACAAUAUUUUGGUGUUAUUCACAGGUUUGUACCUCUUAUAGGGCACCCAGUGAGCUUAUUUUUUCCCUACUUAAGCUUCAUACCUGUUUUCUGGUUCAAAAUGUAUUUAGGCUGUUUUUUGUUUGCUUUUUGUUUUCCCGUUUAAAUAAAUGCUAAGGUGCAUUCUGUGGUUCACAAGGUAUUUGAUCGAUCUCUCUCUCUCUGCUUCCUUGGGUAGAACCCACUGGACCCACCAAUUGGUCUUUUGAAUUGAUGCCUACCCUCACUCAGUAUGUGCCAGUGGGUGGAGACCCUUUGGCUUACUAGCCUGUUAAGACCCAAGUUGUGAACUGAUGAAAGCCACGUACCUGUGAGUUAUAAUGCACCUGGUGUAGCAAGCUUGCUUCCUGUUAAAUCAAUGUGGACAGAGGGCAAGGAGUUCUUACCAAUUAUGCUGACACCACUAAACUUUUGUAUCAAAGAAGUGUAUCUUUUUGUGAAUACGCUUAUGUAAAUAUAUUCAAAGACACUGUCAAUAUUUUUAAGACUUGUAUUAUAUAUAAUCUAAGUUUUAUGAUGGAUUCUGCAUGCCCAUACUAUUGGAAUAAAGACAGGGCUAACUCUUUCCAAAUUGAGCAGUCUUCAUAAAGAUAGGUUUAUUGGCUUGGUUGUAAAGUAACAGAAGUAGUCCCAUGGAUCAUGAAGUGGAACAGAUUUUGUUCAAAUUAAUAUAGUUUCUUAUUUAUUGCUUUUGUAAAUUGAAUAAAAUGGACUGUAAAUAGACUGGGAUCCUGUAUUAUCAUAGCUACUAAAAAUUAGUAUGUAAAUUCUUCAUUAUAAAGUUUAAAAAUAUUGUAUUUCUAGAUAUAAAUAUUCGUGUUAUACAAACAUACUCAGUUGCUUUACACUAAACACAUAUCCACUAUAUGUCAUUCUAAUUACCUAAUAACAGUAUUAAUUUAGAUAGCGUGUUUGUACUUGUGCAGUUUAGACAGGAAUGCAAUGUUAUUUUUUAUAAAAUCUUGUUUAUUUUUAUAACAAUGUACUUGAUGUGGACCAAAUUUGUACCACUAUAAAAUAGCCUCUCUUCUAAAUACAAUUCAGAAAUAAAACUCAGUUCUCUAUCCUCGUUUUUAAAGUAAAUGCUAGAUUUAGAUGUCUAAGCAAGGUUACCUUUAAAGGAAAACUCAAAAUUAUUUUGGAAUUACUUAUUUCAAAAUUCACCAACUAUUUAAAACAAGUUUGGUAAUUUGCUGUCAUUUACUUUUCUAUAAGUGCAAUAUCACAUAAUAAAACUCCUGAAUGAGUGGAUAUUUGACUUGGUACCUGGUCCUUCUGGUGCUACUUUCACUUAAAUCUUUAUUUAAAACCACCUUCUUCUGAAUCUUAAAAUGGAUUUUUAAUGCCUACCAUAUAAAUACACAUGGUGCAGCAAAAAAUUAAACUGAAAACUCUUCUGUCCUAUUCCACUAAGAACCAGCAUUUCCUUUUGUAUUAGUCAAUUUCUAGUGUGACUAUUUAGUUAAUAAAGAUGAUUUACCAUUAUAA